CUCGUAAUGAAAGUGAAAGAGGCUUCCGCACAGAGACAGAGCAAGAAAAGACAAUUCCGAUCUACCAAGAUCGUCAAUCAUGAAAAGGCAAGUCUCAAGCCAAACAGCAGAGCAAGAUGGAUUUACAAAGCGGCCCAAAGGAACCUCAGCAGAAUCAGCAGCAGAAAGACCGAACUCACCUGCUCCCAGCUGUGUGUCCAUGAAGAGUGACGCGUCCAUGAAUUUGAUAAACACUUUCAACCGAGGGGAAAAGAGCAGUGGAAAAAGUGUCGAGAUAGAAAGACCUCGCUCACCGUCACCUAGCUAUGUCUCUGUGGAGGGUGACAAGUCAGUAGAACUCAACCAGGAUGAUGGGGAAACUUUUCUACGUUUGCACCCAUCGGCCACUGUACCGGCGAAGUACACACCACAGGAGCCCAAACUCUGCCAGCAGCACCGCAUGCGUCUGGAAAUUUAUUGCAAGACUGAUGAGACUCUGAUCUGUAAACAGUGUGCAAAUGUGCAACAUCGAGGACACAACAAGAGCUACACACAGGCAGCUAGGGCAGAAAGACCGAACUCACCUGUUCCCAGCUGUGUGUCCAUGAAGAGUGACGCGUCCAUUGAUUUUCUUUACCAGUUCAGCCAAAGGAAAAAGAGCAGUGGAAAAAGUGUCGAGAUAGAAAGACCUCGCUCACCGUCACCUAGCUAUGUCUCUAUGGAGGGUGACAAGUCAGUAGAACUCAACCAGGAUGAUGGGGAAACUUUUCUACGUUUGCACCCAUCGGCCACUGUACCGGCGAAGUACACACCACAGGAGCCCAAACUCUGCCAGCAGCACCGCAUGCGCCUGGAAAUUUAUUGCAAGACUGAUGAGACUCUGAUCUGUAAACAGUGUGCAACUGUGCAACAUCGAGGACACAACAAGAGCUACACACAGGCAGCUAGGGCAGAAAGACCGAACUCACCUGCUCCCAGCUGUGUGUCCAUGAAGAGUGACGCGUCCAUUGAUUUUCUUUACCAGUUCAGCCAAAGGAAAAAGAGCAGUGAAAAAAGUGUCGAGAUAGAAAGACCUCGCUCACCGUCACCUAGCUAUGUCUCUGUGGAGGGUGACAAGUCAGUAGAACUCAACCAGGAUGAUGGGGAAACUUUUCUACGUUUGCACCCAUCGGCCACUGUACCGGCGAAGUACACACCACAGGAGCCCAAACUCUGCCAGCAGCACCACAUGCGCCUGGAAAUUUAUUGCAAGACUGAUGAGACUCUGAUCUGUAAACAGUGUGCAAAUGUGCAACAUCGAGGACACAACAAGAGCUACACACAGGCAGCUAGGGCAGAAAGACCGAACUCACCUGCUCCCAGCUGUGUGUCCAUGAAGAGUGACGCGUCCAUUGAUUUUCUUUACCAGUUCAGCCAAAGGAAAAAGAGCAGUGGAAAAAGUGUCGAGAUAGAAAGACCUCGCUCACCGUCACCUAGCUAUGUCUCUGUGGAGGGUGACAAGUCAGUAGAACUCAACCAGGAUGAUGGGGAAACUUUUCUACGUUUGCACCCAUCGGCCACUGUACCGGCGAAGUACACACCACAGGAGCCCAAACUCUGCCAGCAGCACCGCAUGCGCCUGGAAAUUUAUUGCAAGACUGAUGAGACUCUGAUCUGUAAACAGUGUGCAACUGUGCAACAUCGAGGACACAACAAGAGCUACACACAGGCAGCUAGGGCUCUGCUGGAGCUGGACACAUUGUCUUUACUUGAGCAAACGCUGAACAACGUAGACACAAACAAGUUCAUGUGGUAUCUGUGUCAAAAUUACCCAGAAUGCUUUGAGACUCCUCAGGUGACUUGUGAUAUCCAGGAAGCAUCUAAACUCAUUCUGGAGAGAUUUGGCUCAGUUGCAGCUCCAAAGAUUGCUCUAAAGGUCAUGUUGGAGUUAGGCAAAAGUCAUAAGACCAUCCAAGAUCAUCUAAAAUAUAAACUACAGGGUCAUCUUAGAUCGAAAUUCCAGUGCAUACGUGAAGGAAAUGCUCAGCAGGGGAAUCCGAUUCUUCUAAACGAUAUCUUCACGGAGCUUCUCAUUACCGAAGGAGGGGAUGGAGCUAUCAAUAAAGAACAUGAGAUCAGACAGAUUGAGGAUGCGUGCAAGAACAAGGGAAUGGAAGAGAUUGUGAUAAAAUGCAACGAUAUAUUUCAACCUUUACCCGGACAGAACAAACGCAUUCGGACCGUGCUAACCAAGGGCAUCGCUGGGAUUGGGAAAACUGUAUCUGUACACAAGUUCAUCUUGGACUGGGCAGAAGGAAAAGCGAAUCAGGAUAUCCAUUACAUCUUCCCACUUCCUUUCCGUGACCUGAAUUUGAAGGGAAAUGACAAAUAUAGUGUGAUGCAGCUUCUUCAUCAUUACUUUCCAGAACUUAAAGAACUCAGAACCAUAAGGAGCGAGGAAGUGAAAACCGUGUUUAUCUUUGAUGGCCUGGACGAGUGCCGACUUCCCCUGAAUUUCAUGAACAAUGAAAUGUGCUGUGACCUGACAGAGAAUAUCUCGGUGGAUGUCCUGCUGACAAACCUCAUUCAGGGAAAUUUACUUCCCUCUGCUCUUGUCUGGGUAACCUCCCGACCAGCAGCGACCAAUCAGAUCCCUCCCGAGUGUGUUGACCAGGUUACAGAGGUCCGAGGGUUUAACGACUCGGAGAAAGAGGAGUACUUCCGAAAGAGGUUUGGUGAUCGAGGCCUUGCUGAAAAAAUCAUUGCACACAUCAAGUCUUCAAGGAGCCUCCACAUUAUGUGCCAUAUCCCUGUCUUCUGCUGGAUAUCUGCUACGGUUCUGGAGAAGACGUUGGGUAACUCAGACACGGAAGUACCUAAAACUCUGACCCAGAUGUACACCCACUUUCUUUUCAUUCAGACACAUUUGAAAAACAAGAAAUACCACGGAGUGAUUCAAGACAACACGGACCUGUCCGAAUCUGACAAAGAGAUGAUUUUCAAACUGGCCAAGUUAGCGUUUCUGCAGUUAGAGAAAGAAAAUCUGAUUUUCUACGAAAAUGAUUUGACCGAAUGCGACAUCGAUGUUAGCAAAGCAACCGAGUACUCUGCAAUUUGCACAGAAAUUUUCAAAGAAGAGUUUGGAUUGUACCGAGAGCGGGUCUUCUGCUUUGUGCAUCUGAGCAUUCAGGAGCACUUAGCUGCUGUCUAUGUGCAACUUAAAUUUAUGGACAGCCACAUAAACAUACUCCAAGAAGAGACAGAGAAUCAGAACAAAAUGGUGAAGAUGUCAGAUUUGCACAAGAGCGCCGUGGACAGAGCGUUGAAGAGCAAGAACGGACACUUUGACCUUUUCCUUCGCUUUCUUCUCGGUCUCUCGCUCGACUCCAAUCAGGCUCUUUUGAGAGGCUUGCUCCCAAAACCGUGUUUGGAGAGUUUGGAGGAAACGGUGGACUACAUCAAGGAGAAGAUCAGGAAGGAGUCGUCAGCGGAAAGGACUAUCAACCUGUUCCACUGUCUGAAUGAACUGAAUUACAACUCGUUAGUGGAAGAAAUUCAUAGCUUCCUGAGAUCAGGCAAGCAGUCAGAGACGGAGCUUAAACCUGACCAGUGCUCAGCUUUGGCCUAUGUGCUGCUAACGUCAGAGGAUGUGAUGAAUGAAUUUGACUUGAAGAUGUGUAACACGUCUCCUGAGGGAUAUCGGAGACUGUUACCAGUUGUCAAGACCUCGAGAAGAGCCAGACUCGCUGGUGUCAAUCUCACAGAUGAAUCCUGUGAGACCCUGGCUUCGAUUCUCCAGUCCGCUAACUCACACCUGGUAGAACUGGACCUCAGCUUUAACAGUUUGGGAGAUUUAGGAGUGAAACUUCUCUGUACCGGCAUCUCAAAUCCACACAGCAAACUGGAGAAACUGACUCUCAGUCACAACGAGCUGGAACAUAUCGGAGUGAAGCUGCUGUGCGAUUGUCUGCAGAGUCCACACUGUAAACUGCAGACACUUGGAUUGGCUGGCACAAACUUCUCAGAACAAUCUUGCGAAUUAAUGGCCUCAGUUUUCCAAUCUGCUAACUCGCAACUGAAGGAGCUCGAUCUCGGCUGCAAUAAAGAUAUAAAAGACUCCGGAGUGAAGCUUCUCUCUGCUGGACUGAUUAGUUUGCAGUGUAAACUUGAGAAACUCAGGUUGGACAGAUGUGACCUCAGCCAUGAAUCAUGUGAAGCCUUGAAAACCGUUCUCCAAUCACCCAACUCUUGCUUGAAACAGCUGGAUCUCAGCUACAACAAGCUAGGAGACUCCGGAGUGCAACAGCUCUGUGAUGGACUAACACAUCCAAGCUGUAAACUGGAGUUACUGGAUCUGAGCUACAACAACCUCGGCCAUUCCGGAGUAAAACUUCUCUCUACUGGACUGAUGAAUCCAGACUGUAAACUCAAGAGUAUAAGACUUGCUGAUGUCGGCAUUCCAGAGGGGACGUGUGAAAUUCUGGCCUUGGCUCUACAGUCAGAAAAUCCAUACCUCAGAGAGCUCGAUCUCAGCAGCAAUUACAUUGGAGAUUCAGGAGUGGAACUGCUCUGUGCUGGAUUGAUCAGCCCAAACUGCUUCCUCGAAAAACUAAGUCUGCGUUGGUGUAAUCUCACAGAGAGGUCCUGUUCAAACCUGGCCUCGGUUCUGAGUUCCCACACUCGUUUGACAGAACUGGAGCUGAGAGACAACGAUGUGAAAGAUUCAGGGCUGAAACUGCUUUGCACUGGUCUUCAGGAUCCAGGAUGCUCACUGCAGAAACUAGGUCUUUCAGGGUGUUGUGUUACAGAAGAUGGCUGCUCUGCUCUAGCCUCAGCUUUAAGCUCAGAUCACUCGCAGCUCAGAGAGCUGGACCUCAGCUACAAUCAUCCAGGAGAGUCAGGAGUGAGACAGCUGUCUGCUGUACGAGAUAAUCCACACUGUAACCUGGAGAAACUCAGUGUGGACCACAGUGGCGAGUGCAGGAUCAAACCAGGACUAAAGAAAUACGCUUGUGAGAUCACCCUGGACCCAAACACGGCACACAGAACUAUGCCUCUGAGUGGAAACAAAAAGGUGACAAGGACUCGAAGUCAGCAGCCAUAUCCGGACCAUCCAGAUCGGUUUGAGUACUAUGCCCAGAUUUUGUGCAGAGAGCCCCUGAGCGGUGCUCGCUUCUACUGGGAAACUGAGUGGACUGGCAAUACCAUUUACAGUGGAGUAACUUACAAAGGUAUCAACAGAAAAGGUCGCAGUAAUGACUGCAAACUGGGGAUGAAUAAUAUAUCCUGGAUUCUGUUCUGUUCUAACAACUAUGGUUAUUACGCUGGUUACAAUAACAAGGAGACAGUUGUAACUCCUCCACCGAAUCCGUCCAGAAGAAUGGGUAUCUAUUUAGACUGGCAGGCGGGUACACUCUCCUAUUUUAUCAUCUCUGCCGACAGGGUGUAUCACACGUACACAUUUCACACAACGUUCACCGAGCCCCUGUAUCCAGGGUUCCGGGUCGAUGACACAGUGACACUAUGUGAGCUGGAUUAAACAAAAGAGCAUGCACUUUAUGGAAAUUACUGUAGGCUAUGUCAGAAAUUUAGUCCGAGGUUUUAAAGGAAGUAAUAAUCCACUGUGUGUUGUGCUGUUACAAUAAUAUAAUCAGUGACGAGGCGGUGCGAUGAAGCGGAGUUACUGUUACCAACCUGAAGAUGAUUAUUUUCCUAUAACAGCACGUCCCCAAGUGUUUUAUUCCUCUUAUUCCACAGCAAGUUGUCACUGAUUACAUGAGUUUAUUUAUUAAAGCGCCUCUGUGGAACAUACAUACAUGAAAGAAAUUCUCGCUUAUGUUACAGACGAUCAUUUAGAGCAACUAUUCUUUCACCAGACUCUCUUUUUUCUCUCUCUUGAAGUUAACUGUAACAAAAAAGAAAAUGCAAUUUGUUACCGCAAAAUGUGAAAUCCUUUGUACUGAAGUAACGGUACUCUUUAAUUUUUAAAUGUCUUAAAGAACUGUUAAGUUGUCCACCGCAAAACAUUUUUUUUAAAUUGACUUUAUUUAAUUUAGUGAAUCUUAGCCUUUCUGUAUGUGUGUGUUUGUUGUCUGUAAAAUGCUCUGAUUUUUAAUAAUAAUAUCCAAAAAAAAAAAAGAGCACACUUUAGGUUUAUGUAUUUACGUAACUAAACUAUAUUAGGUAACUAAUGUAACAAAGUGUUCAUAUUUAUCUGGGACGUAAAAGCAUAAAAAGAAAAAAGCAGAAGAGUUGAAAUGGAAUAAGUAAGUUAUGUUACUUAUUUGUGCAAUUAUUUCAUACAAUAUUUAGAUGACUUUGCUUCAAAAAAAAAAUCAAGAAAGCAGAAAUUUUAAAGUGCACUGCAAUUUUUAAAUGCAGUUUUAUUUUUAUUUAUUAUUUAAAUGUGCAAUUUAGGUAUU